UGUAGAAUUGAAGGAAGAAAUUAAAAUGGCGUCUAGAUUGCCAAAAACAGCUCCAAAACUGGAAAGGAAGUACGUAGAGAAGAACCGGAGGAAUCACUUGAAGAACCUCUACAAACACCUCUUCUCUUUGCUCCCACCUCAUCUCUCUCAGGAAGGGAUAGCAUUGCAUGAUCAAGUGGACGAGACGGUGAAGUACAUAAGAUGGUUGCAGAACGAAGUAGAGAAGAGCAAACAGAAGAAAGAAGAGUUGCAGAAGAAGAAGAUGAUGAUGAGCAGCAGCAGCAGAAAAAGACAUCAUUCAUCUUCAUGCGACGAUGACAACAAAUCCUCACCACUGGUCCAAGUUCUUGACAUCAGUCCGGGCAUCCACGUUGUACUCGUGAAUGACUUGGAAGGUGUAGCUGCGUUCCACAACAUCAUUCGAAUCCUCCAUCAAAACGGCCUCGAAGUUGCCAACGCCACGUUCCAACAACACGGGAACUCCAUGUUGCAGGUUGUCCAUCAACAAGGUUUCGGAGGUACGAUAAUGUUGUCGGACAAACUAAAGCAAGUGCUUUAUGGAUCUUCCAAUCCCUGCCCUGAGGAAACGGAGCAACCAUCACCGGAUUAUUCCUGGGAUAAUAAUAAUUAUGACAUCUGGGGAUUCCAUUCCCUGGAACCAUUUCAACAACUUGAGUAUCCACCGCCAUACUGAAUACAAGGAUUACCACUCUAGUGUUUCAACAACUUCUGUACUGUAUGUUCAUUUAUUUAAGCUAAGGCUAUUUUUAUUCAGCAUUAUAUUUUAUCAUGAACAGAGUAGAUUCAAGUAAACAGAGUACUAGGAAAAAAAAAACAUUGGAAGCCUAUACCAUGAUCCCAGAAAAUCAUCAACAUCAGAAACAACAUUAUCUUUUCUCA